AUGGUUGCACAACUCUUAUCAAAACGCCCUGAUCACGAAGAUACCCAUAAACAACCGACAUCUAAGAACCCGGUUCUUUUCGAAGCCUUUGAGUGGCAUUCACCUGCGGAUCACAAACAUUGGCAGCGACUGCAGAAAGCACUACCCGAUCUUGCUUCGAUCGGAAUAACUGAACUGUGGCUACCUCCGGGAUCCAAGGCCAAGGAUGCCGAAAGCAAUGGUUAUGAUAUUUACGAUGCGUAUGAUUUGGGAGAGUUCGAUCAGAAAGGCACCGUGCCUACCAAAUGGGGUACUAAGCAAGAUCUCGUUGAUUUAGCUGUAGAAUGCAAGGUUCAUGGUAUUGGCCUGGUAUGGGAUGCCAUACUCAACCAUCGGGCGUUUGCAGAUUCUACUGAGACGGUCUCGGUAGUUGAAGUAAAUCCACGAGAUCGGACAGAAGACCUUACGGAGCCUUUUGAUAUCACAGCGUGGACAAAGUUCGACUUUGCCGCGCGGGGCGGGAAGUACAGUCCUUUCACGUACAACAAAACCCACUUCAAUGGCACAGACUGGGACCAACGGACGGAGAAACGUGCCAUCUACCGUUUUGUAGAGGGCGGCAAAAAUUGGGCACAAGAUGUAGGGAAAUUGCAAGGCAAUGCUGAUUAUCUCAUGCUGGAGAAUAUUGACUACACUAAUUCAGAGGUGAUCAGAGAGACAGAGAAGUGGGGGGAGUGGAUUGUGCAGGAGCUUGGACUAAAAGGUUUCAGGCUCGACGCGGUUCAGCAUUACUCCUGGAACUUUUCUAACAACUGGAGCCAAUACCUGAAGAAGCGUACUAAUGGCGGUCUGUUGUGUGUUGGCGAGUUCUGGCACGGCGAUGUCAACGUACUUCUUGAGUGGAUGGACAACAUGUCGACCGAUUUCAGACUUUAUGAUGUGCCACUCAUGUAUCGCAUAGCUCGUCUGAGCCAAGGCGAGGACACAGAUCUGCGAGAGGUCUUCCGAGACACUCUGGUGGAGAGGCGGCCCAACAAUGCAGUCACUUUCGUCCAAAUUCACGACACCCAGAGGGGCCAAGACAUGGAUACCCCUAUCCACUACUCCUUCACACCGCAUGCAUACGCACUCCUUCUACUUCGUCAAGCUGGCCAUCCGUGUGUCUUCUUCGGCGAUCUGUACGGGAUACAAGGUCCGUAUCCAGAGCCGCCGGCAUGCUGGGGCAAGCUUCCAGACUUGAUUCUUGCCAGGAAGCUGUAUGCUUACGGACAACAAAGCGACUAUUUCGAGCGCAGUGACUGUAUCGGAUGGACUCGUCGCGGUGAUUCGGUGAACCCGAACGGCUGCGCAAUCAUUAUGUCAUGGACGCAAGGUUCGAAUGUUGGAGACUGUACGUCUGCUCUGACUAUGGAUGUCGGCAGCGAAAAUGCCGGUGAGUCAUGGACCGAUGUCCUAGGAUUUGAGUCAUGCACGGUCGUUAUUGAUGGCGAUGGUAGAGGGACGUUUCCAUGCCAGAAAAAUAGCAUUGCGUGCUUUGUGAGCGAUGCUGCGAGGGGAAGGUGUCGAUUUCCUGUGCAUUUCAAUGCGGAUUUCCUCGGUUUACUUGAAUAG